GCGGCCGGGCCGGGAGCGGCGCCAUGGGCUCGCGCGCGCCGCACGUGCUGGUGGACACCACGCCCGCCAAGACCAUCGUGGUGUACCGCAACGGGGACCAGUUCUACGUGGGCCGCAAGUUCGUGCUGUCGCGCCGCCGCGUGGCCACCUUCGAGGGGCUGCUGGACCAGCUGAACGAGCAGGUGGCCGUGCCGUUCGGCGUGCGGCGCCUGUUCACGCCGACGCGCGGGCGCCCGGUGCGCGAGCUGGACGCGCUGCAGGCUGGCGGCAAGUACGUGGCGGCCGGGUGCGAGGCCUUCAAGAAGCUCGAUUAUAUCCAUAUAGUUCCCAGAAAACCUGCAAAGAUGAGAAAGUUGAAGGAAAUCAAACCGGUGGUGCAUUGCAACAUCAACGUGCCUUCCAGGUGGCAGACGGUUCACCGUCUGUCCCGACAAAUAAAUGUUUUCACAAAUGGAAGAUUAUUUAUCCCACCUGUGAAAAUUAUUAUCCCCAAAUUCAGCCUGACGGAGUGGAAUUGCGUGCUGGCCACGAUCGGAGAGAAAGUCUUUCCUCUGGGAGGCGUUCGAAAGUUGUUUACGAUGAACGGGCAUCUUCUGGACGACUCGAAGGACUUGCAGGACAACCACUUCUACGUGGCGGCAGGACUGGAGACGUUCAAACACUUCCCUUACUGGAAGUGCCCAAGGGUCCCUGGCGACGUCCAGCAAAAGUACACAGACAUUGAGAAAUAUUCACGAAGAAAGAAAAAAGAGGAUCCCAAAGCGAAAGACCCUCAGAAACACGACAGCAGUCCACCCAAAGCUCAGGAUUCUGUGUUUUAUGCCAAAGAGGAGAGGAAGAAACCGAAGGCAGAACCUUUAAUGCGGAGCGGGGCAGACGGUGAUGUGUAUAAAGCCCAGACUCCCAGUGGGGAAACCCAAGGGGCACCGGAAGUUAAGGAGGACCUGGACAUGACCGUGGAGGUGCCUGAGGACCAGAAACCAGCUGAGACGGCGAAAGAGGUUCAGGCGGCAGAGAGCGACCUCCCUGGUCUUGAAGGCAACGGGCAUCUCACAAGAACCUCGGCAAGAAUAAGAAAGUGGUUCCGUUUCCUGAAAAAGAACCAAAUGGCAUUCUAGAGGAAAAAAACACACCCCUACUGCUAGAAACCCCAGUAGAAAUAGAAGACCAAGGAGGGCCACCAACACGACAGCAGUCACAAGAAGAGUCAUCACCACAGCACCCAGCAGUGAACCCUGAGAAACAAGGAUCGCUUCAGCAGCCGUCCUUGGGACAGCCAUCCCGAGAACAGAUGCCGGACGAGCAAGGACCCCCCGGGCGGCCGCCCUUGGGACAGCCAUCCCGAGAACAGGUGCCUCGGGGAGAACACAAGGAACAAGAAACACCAUGAGAACAGAAUGUCACCAUGUUGUGAAGAGCAAAGGUCCGACGCAGAAAGGGUCGUAAGGCAGAGACGAAAACCAA